AUGUCUGACGUCGCUACCUUAUUCUCAUCAUGCGAUCUCAAGAAGCUGGCGGUGACGGCCGAAGAACUGCGGACACUUGCCGCCGUGGAUCACCUUGGAGAGGAAGAAGUCUGUUGGCUACUCGACCCGCUGAACCCCGAUCGGUCUACCUUUGUCGCUCCCACUCCGUGGGCAGCGCUGCAGUGGAUUUGCCGCGUCGCGCGGCAGAAGCCUCUUCUGAAGAGCGUCCGGGAUCUGAAGAAGCGAUCACGUGCAGAAGGGGAUUCCGAUGAGGACUCGGACGGCAGUCGGCCUUCUAAGCAGGCCCGCAGCGGCGGGUCCUCGAACACCCGGAGCGCGGAGCAGAAGCGGCAGUUGGAGGCCAAACUUCAAUACCGUGACUUUUGGCACAACUCGCAAGAGGCGCAACGGAACGCGCGCGAGGAGGAUCUAUUCAACAACGAGCGCGCCCAAUGGCUCCGGUUCGCCGGCGCGCAACCGGAGGGCAAAGGGGUCGGCAGCGCUGUCAUGGCCGAGGUGGUGCGUCGUGCGACCACAGUCGGGAAUUCGGACGCACUGCGAGAGUUGCAGCUCAGUCUACAGAAUUGGCGCGAGCAACAUGCUGAGCAGGUUUCAGCGCCGUCUUCCCAGCGCCCCUCGCAGACACUUGUGCGCCGCCUUACGCAAAGGCAAGGUCGUUCCUCGUCUCGGUACCACUAUCGCCAUCUCAAAAAGUGCGAGCAGUUGGGCGCGAGGUUGUCCAUCGAGCGUCGUUACUCAGCAGCGCGCCUGCGCGCUGAUUAUGAAUCUCGCCUCGGCGACGACCCAGACGGCGUAACGACGCACGCGCGCCAACGCAUUCAGGCCCAGUUCUUCGAAGAGUUGGAUUCCUCUGGCGAACCAAAGCGCUCUAAUCCUCACUUUUUGUGGUUUCAGCGCACGUUGAAACACGGCAAGCGAUGGCUUUCCCUUGAGGCAGCGUUUGGCAGUGGCAUUUUCGCCCUGUUGCCGCCCACGCGUGUGCCCAACACGUACAUUGAACGCACGUUAACGGAUGAGUUGUUUUCGCUGUGGAUUCGUCUCAUUCUGCACUGCCGUCCGCUGGUAAAGGUCAUGUCCACGCGUGUCAGCGGUGUGGUAGAGGGACUCGCGGAGAACAUGCUGCCGCCAGCCGAUCGUCUCGCUCUGGAGAUUUUCGCCGAAGACCUAGACCCGGACGUAGAGGCAAGUGACGAGCUUGCUUCCCUUCUCGAACCUCAUACGAUGCAUGGGCGCGUCAGCGAGAUAGGUCAGUCCGAUCUCGAGCCCACCCAGAGUGCGGUCGCAUCGCGCCGCUUCAGCAAUGUUACUUUGCCUGACAGUCAGGAAGUGGAGGAGGACGAAGAGGCAGAAGACAGGGACGAAGGGGACGAGGAGGAGGAGGAGGGCGAGGAGGAUACGGGUGCUGGCGCAGAGGAGGCGUGCAGCCCUGCUGUACAAUCCCUGAAUCCACCGCCCUCGAACCAGCAAGCCUUGUUCCUUUCCCAGGCGAAUGAAGGGUGCCCUGAUCAUGAGCGCAGCAGUGCGUUAUACGGUUCUGUUCCCCAGGACCUUUCGCAGUGGUCGGAGGAAGAUGUAGUUGCGUGA